GAGUGUGACAGGUGUCACGUGUUUAUCACGCUGACUUGAAAGGUUGAGAGAAGCACGCUCGAAGUACGUCUGCCACAACAUCGUUCGUGUGUGUGUGGUUCGUCCUUGCAACGGUGUUUAUCACGCAUUUCGUGGGGUAUUUUUUAUAUCGCCUGGUGGCCAUGUGACCAGUUCCGGUUCCGAUCGUACGCAAAUGUCCGGAAGAAUUAUAGAAAUCAUUGGCCUUGCUGCUAUACAAACGGUGAUUGUGAAUGUGUUGCUGCUGGGUCAGUUUUCGUUCCAGCCUACUUUGCACUGGAUGUUGCUUGGAAUUUCGUUCGUAUCCGCUCUGGUGCUCCUAACACGAAGUAAAGGUGCCCGGUGUGUAACGAUGCUGUUAGUGCCACAGUUUCUAAGUAAACGGGGCCGAGCAGCACUGAUCGGAUACAUCUUUCUGCUCACUGUAACUGGACCGACGGCCAACACGAUGCACAACGUGGAGGUGCUAGGUAGCACGCUUAGCUGCACCCAGGAACAGCUAAAGGUAGCCAUCCGGGACACGAUCAGUGCACUGAAGGUCCCGUUUCUGGCGAUGAAAAAGAUAAUCGAUGAGCUGCUCGAAACAGUCGAACGAUCGUUUAUGAAGGUGCAAGGCACGCUAAUGGAAAUGCUAAAGCUGGUGAAAAGGAUACUUCACUCCAUGAAGAAAGCGUACGACUGGCUGCGGGACAUCGUGUCCGUGUGCAAUGAUAAGCUGGGCACACCUUCCGAACGUUGCCUGCAAGCGCUGGAUCAAACAAUCGAUGGUUGUAAAGAGGAAAUGGGCGCCAUGGACUUCCUGUGCGAAGUGACACAGGUCGGCAAAACGAUCUGCUACGGUGCAAAGAUGGUGGAUUAUUUUUGUGAGCUUAUCGACUUCAUAAGCGACGCAGUUAUAGAAGAAAUUGAGCAAGGCAUUCAAAAGCUGAUGCAAAGCUUGGAAGAACUGUUCCGGGUGAAGGUGGAGUACGAUCAUACGUUUGAUUUCUCAUCCAAUGCUUCAAAAACGUUGGCGGAAGUGAGUGCCGAAAUAAGGCAGGAAAUUGCGGAUCGAACCCAACCAUUAAGAAGGACAUUUAACAUUCUGGGACUGAUUACUAGUGGCUUUUUCGUGUGCAUAGUGUUGAGAGCUAUCCGUUAUUGGAAACGUUAUUUGAAAAAGGAUAGCUUCGAUAACAGUUUCCUAACCGCGGAUUUCUAUACGAUCGAGAAUCGAAGAUUGAAGCUUAAUCUAGAAACCAUAUUUCCAUUAACCCGCAAAGAAAGCCAUCGCUAUGUUCCCCUAACAUCGCUUCAUCUCACCUGGAAGGAACGGUUUCGAAUAGCGAAAUCGAUGACCUUCCUGGUUAUCUCUUCCGUGCAAAUAUGUGGCCAAUUAGCGGCCGAUUACGCACUCUACUGGCUACUUACGCUGAUCAAACAUUUUAUGCACGAAGGAUCGAAUAAUCCUGCAGGGAAUUCAUCCCGUGCAGUAACUCCACUAUCAGUGGGAGUAAGUGGUGAAGGCAUUCUAGCAGACACGUUGCGUGAUAUCGUCCGGUCGUUCGAUCCUAUCGUAAACGGGACGGCGAUUGAUCCUUCCCAAUGUAUUCCGGAUGCAGCACAGCCACAGUUUGGACGGUAUGGCGAGAUCACCGCUUUAUUGGUGCUUUGUUGGUGUUUUGCAUUUAUUGAACCGUACGGAUUACGCGUUAGACAGAUAGUUAUGCGACGAUACUAUCCCGCAAGGGCACGUGCGCGAGCCCUGUGGCUUUAUGGCGAUAUUUUGCUGAAGAGAGAAAGUUUACUAAAGAUCCUGAGGAACCACAUCACGGGAGCAAGGGAUCGCGGGCAAAGUGCAGGAGUGCAUUGGUUGGAUGUUGUUCGAGCGAAGACUAAUCGUUACUGGAUCUGUCGAAUGGCGCUAGGCCAGGGUGGAACCGUACGGUGUAUGCUGUGUGGUGAUGUGUUAAACGAGAGAGCAGAUCUGCUGGUGAGGUGCCCCCGUUCAGAAUGUCCCGGAAUUUACUGUCAGGAUUGUUUGUUCGAGACUGGUAACAAUUGUUCGCUUUGUUUGGAUGUUCUAAUGUCCGGAGCUAGAGGAUCGGAUGAAAUAUAUCUGGAAUAGUGGUAAAGUUUCGAUAGUG